AUGAUCAUUUUAAUCGUGUGUUCGAUGGCCGUCGCCUCAUCAUCAGCGAGCACCGCCACUGAGUCUUAUAAAGAUCAAUUCUGCACGGAUCCUCGCACCAUGGAGAAGUACGAGGCGUACACGGAGUGGGCGGACGCGUACUCCUGCUCCAGACAUAGGUGCCAGCCGGGAGGCAGGAACCUGGCUAUAUAUACUGUAGGAUGUAAGCGAGUAGAGGCGCCGGAGUCAGCUAUAGAGUGCGAGGAAGUGGUCGAGGAUACCAACAUGCAGUUCCCGUACUGCUGCACCAGACUCAGAUGUCUGGUUGUGGUCCGUGGCGAAGUAUGGACGAGGGUGUUGGGUCAGCCUUGGGAGACUCUCCCGGCCGCGCCCUGGAGCCACAUGUAUAAGAUGAAGAAACCUCCGCCCGCUGACAACACCUUCGCUAAGUCGGCGGGUCCAGGUCCUAUAUACGAGCUUGCAUCAGAACCAGACGCGGGUCCUCAUGAGAAGAUGCUGAGGUCACAGAAACAAGGGACGCCCGCCCCGGACUGUGUGGAGGCCGUGCCGAGAGUGGCGCCCUCACCCGACAUCGUGAUAGCUCUAGCAACAAACAAUGAAGAAAAAGAACAUAAGAAAACUAAAAGUACGAGACAUAAGAGAGUUAAGAAACUUCCGAAUACUUUCGAGGUUGAGGCGGACAGAGAACACAAUGAAGUUGAUUUUGAAGACUCGCCUCUCUUGGAUAAGAAUGUCGAUGGUUCUGAUGAGAAGUCCGGCUCUUACGUCACACAGAAGAACGCAGCCAAGUCAUCAUGGACGGAUAUUCCUUCAAACCAGUGGACCGAACACGAUCCUUCAGUGGACGUUGAAGUUAACCAACCUUCAGAGGAGAAGGAGAAGCCGGCCCUGCAGGCGCUGGUGGACGCGAUCGGUAACAGAAUGAGGGACAUAGAGAGUGUGGUGCAGAGGAUGAGCGAGAAGGUGCACACGGUGGACGAGGUGGGCAGCGGGGAGAGGAGGUCUGAAGUCGAUCAGCCUCGCAAACAUCACAAACAGACUGAGAACAAGGAACCGAAGGAACCGGCCAAACAGAAGAAACCGAACGCGGACAAUGACAACUAUAAGAGGUUCUCAGUAAAGAACCGCAGCAAGUACCUCCACCCAUCGGAGUCGAGCACGGACCGGCCUCUGUUCGUGGAAGACGCCGACAUGAACGGGUACUUCAGUGACGCGAGCAACGGACUCGUCAGGCGAGCCGGACAACACAAGGACCCCCCUCCCACUUACAUGGCGCCCGUCGACAACAGACGGAAAACACACACAGAGACCUCUGACGAGGGAGACAAGAAACACAAGAAACACACGCACAAGAAGAAGAAGAAGAGUAAAAGUCAUAAAAAACAUCACGGUAAAGAAGAGAAGAGGAAACACUUCAACAGACUGGCUUCAACGGAGGUUGAUAAGAACAUAGUGUCCUUGGAAGAUAGUGCUGUUAAUAAAUAA